AUAUAAAACCCUAAAACACCACAAAACAGAGCCUUGUCCCUCCCAUUUGAAACUAGGGUUUGUAAAGGAAGAGGCGCAGCAGCCACAUCAGGAGAAGAAAGAAGCUCGAGAAUUCAGAAAUGGCGAGGAUCAAGGUUUACGAGCUGAGGCAGAAGAACAAGACUGAGUUGUUGAACCAGCUCAAGGAUCUGAAAGCCGAGCUUGCUUUGCUCCGUGUCGCCAAGGUCACUGGUGGUGCCCCCAACAAGCUCUCCAAGAUCAAGGUUGUGAGGUUGUCCAUUGCACAAGUCUUGACUGUGAUUUCUCAGAAGCAGAAGGCUAUUUUGAGGGAAGUUUAUAAGAAGAAGAAGUACACACCUCUUGAUCUCCGUCCUAAGAAGACCAGAGCCAUUCGCAGAAGGCUCACCAAGCACCAGGCAUCUUUGAAGACCGAGAGGGAGAAGAAGAAGGAAACAUAUUUCCCAAUGAGGAAAUAUGCCAUCAAGGUGUAGGAGUCUAUUGCAUAUUUAAUUUUAUAUUGCGCAUUUACCAGUUAUAGUUGGCAAAUUUUGAGGUAGUUUCAUGUUGGAGUUAUUUGUUGUCUUCAAAUUUUACCUAUUUGGACCUUUGGUUUCUCUUUGAAAUGGAUUUAUGAUCAAAAUUGAGGAUUACAUUGAGUUUUGUCAUG